AAUAUUCUCUAUUAUGAAUAUGCCGAUCAUGUAAAUCAGGAGCAGAGAGAUUGGAUUGAUUCAGCUUUAAUGAACGUGACGGGCCACACUUGCCUCAGUUUUGUUCCGCGUACUACUGAGACUGACUAUGUAUACGUGACCACUUCAAGCUCAGGAUGCUUUUCAUACGUUGGACGUAUUGGUGGACGUCAGCAACUCAAUUUACAAAAUAACGUACCGGCACAAGGAUGCUUCCGGUUUGGUACAGUUAUUCAUGAAUUUAUCCAUGCAUUGGGCUUCCAUCAUACUCAGACAGCUUAUACCAGAAAUGAUUACGUGAUCAUUAAAUGGGAAAACAUCGAAGCAGGUACUGAAAGUAACUUUAUGUUAAGAGAUCGGACAACAACCACAAUGUAUGGUUUGGACUAUGACUACGAUAGUAUAAUGCAUUACGCAGCAACAGCAUUCAGUAUGAAUGGAGAACCUACAAUUGUGCCAAUUCAGCCUGGAAUUGUUCUUGGUCAAAGGAAUACUAUGAGCCCUAUGGAUAUCCAACGUCUCAACCGAAUGUACGAUUGCCCGGACGGACAGUGAAUAAAUUUUUUAUUCAAAAUAUGAAAAAUAAAUCUGUGAAUAAAAAUGCAUUUGUUUGUUGAUCAUGCAACCUCUUCUCUCUACAGCUGAAAGGAACCAAGAUCUUCUCC